AUGGCAAUGAAAGUUCAUCUAGAAUUGGCAGACAACAUAAUAUUUGUGGAUUCACCUGUUGGUGCGGGAUUCUCUUAUGCAACAAAUCCAAAAGGUUACUACUCUGAUGAUUUUUUGUCAUCAAGACAUGUACAUCAAUUUUUGAGAAAGUGGCUAGUGGAUCAUGAUGGAUUCAUUAGUAAUUCGCUUUAUGUUUCCGGUGAAUCCUAUUGCGGCAUGACUGUCCCAAUUAUUGUUCAAGAGAUUUUAAAUGGAUAUUGUUUCUUUGAGGCCAAGAAUCUUGAUCCAGUGUAUACUAACCAUAUCUUACAACCUCGUUGCAUUUCCAAUCAAACGUGUCAGUCAAGCAUGUACCAGCUCUUAAGCUAUUGGGCUGAUGACAUACAAGUUCGAGCAGCGCUUCACAUUCAAAAGGGUACUAAAGGUCCCUGGGUCAGAUGUAAUUAUACUACAGCAUAUACAAAAAAUGUUGGCAGCACCGUUGAUUACCAUCAAAAUUUUACUCAUGAACACAUUCGUGCCCUAAUCUUCAGUGGUGACCAAGACAUGAUUGUACCAUAUGUGUCAACUUUGAAAUGGAUUGAGAUGCUAAAUGUCCCAAUUACUGAAGCUUGGAGGCCAUGGAUUUUCAAUGGUCAAGUUGCUGGGUAUACAACAAAGUAUUCAAAUGACAAUUAUAAUUUAACAUAUGCUACUGUAAAGGGAGCAGGGCAUACUUCUCCUGAGUAUAAGCGCCCAGAAUGCUUGGCGAUGGUCAAGAAAUGGUUUGCAAUGCAUCCUCUUUAGUAUGAAAGGGUACCCGGACAAUCUUGAGGCUUGUGCUAUAUGUCAAUUGUAUAGGAGGGGCAAGUAGUUUUCUCCAACGUGUGAGGUUCACUUCUUAAAAUAGUCUAUUGUAAAACAAAGACUACUAGGACAGGAUAAUUGGUUACAUUGUUGACCUUUUAGUUAACAUUCUUCUAUGUUCUAUGUGUAUGAUGCAUGAGAUCUUGAACACCAGAGACAGUGCUAAAUGUUAGACAUAGGUUGUCAUUCCUUGUAUAUGAGCAUUUACGUGUAGAGAAGGAGGGUGAGGGAUCCUUUUUUUUUUUUUUUUUGGCAAUUUGGAUGUGACUCACCGAGGCCUUAAGGGAUGUGAAAAGAAGAUAAAGUAGCAUUGUCCUUUGAAAGUUUUCCAAACUUUGAAAAGAUUAUGGUUCUUUGAGGAAAGAAAAUGGAUCCCUCUAAUCCUGAUACCUUUCAUUUGCUAUUUUAUAUCCAAAUAAGGCAAAAUGGACCUUACCCUCCUCCAUAGCUUCCUUUCUUAUUUCUGUAAUUCUUUCAUCCAAACACACUUUAGUGCCUUAAAAAAACCUGUUGAUACAAAGCACAUUAUUAUGUAGAAUUGUUGAGGUUUUCAAGUUAGUGUUUCUCUGAAAUAACCUAGCAGGUGGAUAUCUUUCAUAUAGGCUGUGUAGAUAAUAUCUGUUGCUCAAGAAAGGGUAAGAGACUGAGUAGCUUGAGAUUAGCAGAUGAGAUGAUUCGCUUUUGCUUCGUGUAUGCCACAGUUUUGAUUCUGUGAUUGUAUGCAGGAAUAACAACUCGGUUUCACGUUUGUCUUUGUUUUGUCUGAGAUUGCUAACAAGGACAUGGGUCAGCCAAAAAUGAUAGAAUUGCUCAUUCCAUAUUCCAAAUUUGCAUUUCCUGAACCGCAUAUUAUGUUUUAUAACCCUCCCAUGGAUUCUGUAACUCAAAUCUUAGUCAGCAAAAUGUGCAAAGCAAAGGUGAUAGGAGAAGAAACUUGCAUAAUGUAUAGAUUAAAAAAUAAAGCCUAAUUCAACUUCGAAGAGAAGCCAUAGAAGGCCCCUUCCCAAAAGAUAGAGCAUAUAGGAAGAAAUAGAGGGAUGACAGGAAAAGGGAGACCUAGAGAAUAUUUUAUCAAGCAGAAGAACUCAAGAACAGAAAGGAGCGCGGUAUAGUGAGCUGAAAAAUAUCUUACAUGGUACGGUGUUGGACCUCACUCGACAAUGCCUAGAGGAACAGAGCAAUACAUUCAUACAGAUAAAGGACUUAAAUUGGUGAGUAAUAUCUGCCUAAGUAGAGGAGAUGAGUCAUGUUCACUGGGUUCAAAAAGCACCCUCCUAAACAUACCUAAUUUGGCAGCUCAGUAGUAAUGUUUUAGUAAAUACUAUGAGAUUCUUGCACAAUUACAAUAUCAUUCUCAACAACUUGUCACCUAAAAAAUGAAAUAGGUGUUGAUGCAUACGACAAGUGAAAACCAUAACAGAUAAUGGAAAGAUCGACUGAAGAGGGAAUAAACUAUACUAAAAAGGAAUAAAAAAAAAAA